UAUGAGUCUAUCUCGUUCUCAGCUGCUGCCCAGUCAAAACUCCUGUAAUGUGUGUGUGUGUUCACAGUACAGUAGGCCAUAUCACUUAAUGCUGACUGGAUCAAUAUUCUCUUAUACCUGGAUUCUCUGAGAGAUGGAGGAGUUGUGUAGGGGAAGAACUUUGUCACAGUCACUUCAUUCCAAUUGUCAGAGCCUGAUCUUCACUCACAUGAAGGGCUUUUGUGAGAAUAAGGGCAGAGGUAUAAUCUUAUAGAGCUGACACCCCCUUCUUCCAUAGGCAAGAGGAAAGAUAUACCAGAUUUGGGUUCCCUCUUUAGUCACCAUCUCCAUGCAGUCCAGAGUGAAGCAUUGGCCACUGCCAGUGGCAGAGUAUUUUUCAAGGGUCGCGUGUUCCAAUAGUGUGCACUUUUCUUUUAAAAAGCAAAACGAGGCAGAUCCUCAAUGGGUGUAAAUCAGCACAGGUCCGUUGGAGCUACAUCAAUUUACACCAGGUGAGGAUGUGGCCCCUACUAAUGUAGUCUUGUAAGGCCUCACUUCCUGAAUGAAUCGUUUAGAAUAAAGGUGGGUUUUUUUUUCCUACUCUUUGACCUCAGUCAGAAUUUUUCUUUCAUUUCUGAACUCAUAGCCACCACCCACACAUUCGUUUAAGGAAAGUUUACAGGAACUUCUGUGAUGCAAGUGCCUAGCUUGUAAUUAUUUAGUUCAGCUCUUACAUUCACGCUCUUAGUUUCACACUGGUCAAAGGCUGUGCUUUGCUCUGAGCCUGCUUCUAAAUGGAAAGCUCUGAGUACUGCUAUGUUUACUAUUUAGUCCAAGAUUAUCUGAAAUACAUUCUUCAGGAACCACAGCUUGGACCAGCCCCAAGCAGAGUUGCUCAUGUCUUAAGAAAUGCUGCAUCCUUUCUGCAAAAGGAAAAUGAAGAGAGUCUGAAAUCAUGUUUGGACACACUUGAUAUUACCUCUGUAGAUGCUGCCAGAAGAAUUUUCACUCAAGUCAUGGAUAAAGAAUUUGCUGAUGGAAACACUAACUGGGGACGAAUUUUGACAAUAUUUAUGUUUGGAGGAAUUCUUUCUAAGAGGCUUCAAGAACACAGAGUUCAGCUUACAGGAGAUAAUAAAAAGCAGAUUUCUUAUUUCAUCACGGAGUACAUUAUAAACACCAAGGCUGAGUGGAUAGAGGCAAAUGGAGGUUGGGAAAAUGGCUUCCUAACUAUGUUUGAGGAAAAACGAUCAUGGCUGUCCUUAUUCAACAUUAAAGCAAAAAUCAUGGAUGCUUUUUCCUUCUUCAGUCAGUACUAUUGACCAGAUGGAGAUCAGCCUUCCCCAUGUAAACUGGAUGUUGCCACAAGACACAUUGCAGUGGCUUUCUUCAAGCAAGAGGAAAAUGAAAAAGCCUUCUAGAAUUAAGGACAUGUUUUCUUGCUUACAUUAUAUUUUAAUUUAUAUAUUUACUAGUAAAUGUUUAGGUGCUGGCUUAUUUGACAACAGUAAAGACUGGAGUCCUCCUGCUAUCGAAGAGGUACAGAACUGACUCCCAAUAUGCCUCAACCCUGACCUGGAGAGAACACCUCUAGGAGAGACAGAGAGCAGUUCCGUGUCUAUCUUCUCUGAUGCACCUUCAAAGAUGUGCAUUGUUUCACCUACAAUAAUCCAAUGGGUUAGGAGCAGUAUCAGUUUUAAUUCUGAAUUUUAAAAAUUUUGUGAAUUAAAUUUCUUACUUUAUUGCAUUUUGUUGUUUACUUUAUCAGCAGUAGACUUCUUAAAUAAAGGGGCUAAAACACUCACUCAUGAAAGUACAUGCAAAUUCAUGAGAUGGAUCAAAUGAUCACUUGGGACCAGCCAUUUAAAAUGUGUGUAUAUAUUUACUAAUCAGUACAAUGGCAUCUGUGUAAUAAUUUCUGUUUUUAAAAAGGUUCUUCAUAUGCACGGUGUUCUUUCCACCUGCAAUGACCACUUGAUUUAUUUGUUUAAAGAGAUGCUUUAAAAUGGCCAAGUGAAAAAAAGUUUAUUUGAAAUCAAUAAAUUAUUUAUAUCUUCUAUAAUUAAAA